GGCAGCAGGAAUGUCCACUUGAACCGGAAGUAGAGUUUCUCACACACGUGAAGAGAAGACACAAGCAACAGAAAAUGGAUUCUACCAAAUUAACAACUUCAGAGAGUGUUUCUAAGAAAAAAGGGAAAACGAAGAACCUUAAGCGAAAGCCGAAACCCGGCAAAGCUCCAGUGGAGAAAAUGGAUCAGGCGGAGAGUGAAGUAACAGAGGAGAAGCCAGUGUCAGGAGCGUGUUUUCCUCCCACAUUCAGCAUGUCUGAUAUCAAAAACAAGCAGCGCAGACAUUCGAUGUUCCUUAAACUGAAGGAGCAGAAAAGAAAGCAAAAGUUGGAGCUGAAAAAGAAAAGGAAGAAAGAGAGAAAAGCUCUUGGUGAUAAGGCUCCACCUAAAGAAGUUCCCAAAACAAUAGAAAACCAGAGAAUAUAUGAUGAAACUACAGUCAACCCAGAGGAUGAGGAGGUGGCUUUUGAUGAAGGAACUGAUGAGUUCUCUGCUUACUUCAAUCGGCUUAUAAAUCCCAAAGUUCUCAUCACCACUUCAGAUAGGCCCAGAGGAAGGACAGUGAGGUUUUGUGAUCAGCUGGCAACAGUAAUCCCACAUUCACAUGUCUACUACAGAAGAGGGUUGGCAUUGAAGAGAGUCAUUCCACAGUGUGUAUCUAGAGGUUUCACUUAUCUGAUAGUGAUAAAUGAGGACAGAAAGGUGCCAAACGGUUUGGUUCUGUGUCACCUUCCUGACGGGCCAACUGCACAUUUCAAACUCAGUAGUGUUCGUCUUCGCAAGGAAAUGAAGAGAAAAGGAAAGAGCCCAACAGAACACGUCCCAGAAGUCAUCCUCAACAACUUUUCUACUAGACUCGGUCACUCCAUCGGCCGGCUGUUUGCUGCUCUAUUUCCUCAUGAUCCACAGUUUGUUGGCCGUCAGGUCGCCACAUUUCAUAAUCAGAGAGACUUCAUCUUUUUCAGGUUUCACAGGUACAUCUUCAAGAAUGAAAAAAGAGUGGGCAUACAAGAACUAGGACCUCGCUUCACUCUUAAACUUCGCUCCUUACAGAAAGGAACCUUUGAUUCAAAGUUCGGGGAAUAUGAAUGGGUUCACAAACGCCAUGAAAUGGACUCCUGCAGAAGAAAAUUCCAUCUUUGAGGGACAGACGGGAAACGCAGGACAACCGUAUUGACGUUUCAUAAAAAAAACACCCUUACAUAAUGAAACGAAAUAAAAAAAAGUGUUACAGAAACACAAGCUGUGUAUUUUCUGUAUUAUAUUUACUUGUAUUUUUUGCAUUAGAAUGUUAUUACGUGGCUGGACAGAAAGAUACUUGAUUUGUUUCGAGGCAUGACAAAUUAAGGGCUGGUUAAAUAGUUGAGUAAAUACUUUCUUUACUCAAAUAUAUAUAUUAAAAAAAUGGAUACCAAGACAGGUGAUUUGUGGUGUUUAUGUGAAAUUUCAGGUAAUUAAGACUGUUAUCUUGCUCUGUCUUAUUUUUACAAAACUUGACCUGGCAUACACACAAUACUUUCAGAUUUGAUAAAAUUAAAUUGGACAAUUUAAAAACUAAGCUGUCAUUGUAGACUUCAAAAUUCUAAAUAAAGAAAUGGUUUCUUACA